UCCACAACACAUUCAUUCACAUAAGGGAGAGCUACUUGCAGAGUUGAGUUAGAGUGAGACGCCGUGUUUGGAACAUCACUUCUCCUUGUAGAUAUUUACUUAGACAACCGUCUGGGAGUAAAAAUUACAGGUUUUUAUACUAAUUCAGAAUACACAAUGAGCCCUUUGUUUUCUGUUUUGGGGGUGAUUCUCACUUUCUAUCAGAUUGGAAGGAAUCCUGCCGCUGCCGGGAUGUGCUGGCUGCAGCAGAGUCAGGAACAGCGCUGCGACAUGGUGCUGAUGAGAGGGGUGACCAGGGAGGAGUGCUGUGCCGGGGACCGCCUGGACACCGCGUGGUCCAACACCAGCCUGCCCAUGAAUGAGGUCAGCCUGCUGGGCUUCCUUGGAAUCGUCUCCUGUAAACCGUGCAAAGAGACAUGUGAAGGAGUCAAAUGCAGCCCCGGGAAGGUUUGUAAGAUGAAGACGGGAAGGCCCCAGUGUGUGUGCUCUCCAGACUGCUCUCACAUUUCCCGGAAGCAUGCUGUGUGCGGCAGCGAUGGGAAGUCAUAUAAGGAUGAGUGCACUCUGCUCAUGGCCCGCUGUAUGGGACAUCCGGACCUGGAGGUCAUGUACCAGGGAGAGUGCAAGAAGUCGUGCUCCAGCGUGGUUUGUCCAGGAACUCACACCUGCGUGACCGACCAGACCAACAGCGCCCACUGCGUCGUGUGCCGCACCACGCCUUGCCCGAUACCAAUGCCGUCUGAGCAGCCGAUCUGUGGCAACGACAAUGUGACCUAUCCGAGUGCCUGCCACCUCCGCCGGGCCACCUGCUUCCUCGGACGCUCCAUAGGAGUCCGCCACUAUGGCCACUGCAACAAUCCACCUCGGAAAUCCACCGAAGGCAGCGAGGAAAACUCAGUCUAAAUGGAGGAUCCUUCACAGCCUUCUUGCCAGAAACAUUUCACACCACUAGCUUCCCAACAUGACCUCUUUUUUAUUUGACAAUCACUCCUCUUUUGUACACAAAAUGACAAUACAUUUGAUAUGAAAUGAUCUGUGAUAACCUUGUGUUAAACUGGGAAGUGGAAGCACAUGAAUGGAAAUUUACCUAUGAGCUCUUUGGGAGAUGUGUGCAUAUUGUAAAUAGAAUACCAGUACUAUUUAUUGGAGAAGGUAGCAAGCUCUAUUUAUGUUUUUAUCCCAGUAACAACUUUAUAUACCCUUGGGAAAGCUGAUGCAAAAAAAGAAAAAGAAAUGUAUUUAUUGUUAUUUUUUGUUGUUGUUCAUUGUGUAUGUACAAUAGCCAUCACUGGUAUUGGCUUUUCACAGCUUUCUGGAGUUUUACAUUCUUCAUCAUUCCCCUCGAGCUGAUGGAAAGCAAUCCUAAUUUGUUUGGAAAGCUGAUUCCAGUUUAUAGUCUGCCAAUGUGGUUUCAAUUCACCACAAAAACAAUAACAAGAUAGCUAUAGUCUACUGUACGUACUCGAGCUUUAGUUGGGGUGGUGAGGAAGGGGUUCAAUCUAAACAGACCUAUAUAGUCCCCCCCCCCGACUACACAUGUUUACUCUGGAUCCUGAUCCAAACUCUUGGCCACCCACUGAUCACCAAAAUUAACAGUUUGAUGUGUUUGUAGGACUCUGCUGGUACAACCCCAAGCACUCUACAAUACCUCCUCUGUUGAAGGCUUAGCUUUGUUCUGUAAAUGCAGUUUUGUAGCUCUUGCUAGUUGGUUCUGAUGCUGUUUUGCCGCUUUGAUUGGGUUGAAUUUCUUUUUUUUUUUUUUUACCGGAAAGACCAAUGUAAUUAGCACCGCCUGACUUUAAGGAAAAUUAAAUUUGUCUGGGAAUGGUUCGUCAUUUGGACCAAUUGAACAUACAUGAUUAUACUGCCAUCAGAAAGGAGACAAUCUGCUGUUGACGCCGGUAAACCUGCACACAGAUGGAUUUCAAACGGUCAAGUGAUCCAGUUAAAUCCUCCAAACUCAAAGCAGAUGUCUGGAUACUUUAGUACCUUCUAGUGUCACAUUUUAAUGAUUCUUCUGUAAAUAACAGACUUGUGUGUACCUGCCUGUGUACCUACUGUGAAAUUUGAAUGAUAAAUGCAUCAACAUAUUUUUGUAUUUUUGUACUGCCACUUCAAAACAGCAUAAAGUUUAAUAUUUGUCACAA